GAAAUUGACUCUUUAAUCCCGGUACUCCGAUCUGUACCCUAUGUGUCCCCAAAGGGAAAUAAAGAGAAAACAGAAGAUGUCGCUAAACUUUUAGCACAAAUUCCCUAUUUUGACGAGUUGACAAUGUAGUCAGCAAAGCACACUUAUUGGUCUGAUUCUUGAAAGUACCUCUGUUUUUUCGUAGGACAAUGCCCAUCUCCAGCUCCUCGGAUUCGCUUUAACGGUCACAUUUAAGCCUGAUCAAAUUGGUCCAAAUCCUCCUGUAGCCCAAAAAUAGAUCAUCCUACUCUGCCGGAGGAAAAAAAUGUCCACAGAAGAAGAGGACAACAUCAGCAGAACAACCCCAAAGUCUGCAACGAAGAGGAACUCAAAUCCUGGAGUUAGGCGUCAAGGGGGUCGUCUCUAUGAUUCUGUCAAUGGAAAAACCUGUCACUGGUGCAGACAGAAAACAGUGGAAAAUCAUGUUCAAUGUUGUAAAUGUCCUAUUAGGUUUUGCGGACCAUGCUUGAAGAAUAGGAAUGGGGAAGACAUUGUGCUGGAAAUGCAGGAGGGUAAUUCUUGGGUGUGCCCCAAAUGCAGAAAUGGAUGUGGACCAGGCUGUAAUCAAUGCUGCAACUGUGGACCAUGUCGAAAAUCACAAGGUCUUGAAAAAACAGGAAUAAUAGUGCAUCAUGCUAGGGGUGCCGGGUUCUCUAAUGCACAUGAUUAUCUUGUAUUCCAGAAUACUCAUGAAUCUCCUUAUGAAAUUGCCUGUCGAAAGAAGGGGCGUGGCUGGUGUAAAAGUGCUGAUCAUUUUUUGGUGAGACCUGAAGAAUUUGGGACACAAGUUUUAAAUACACCAAUGAUCUCAACAGAUCAGUUGAGGACAAAUUAUGAGGCAUCCCACAAAAAGGGGAAUGUUGGAACAAGCACUGUGUCUCCAUCCAGUGAGGGUCGACUACACCAUGAAAGUAACACUCAUGAAAGAAACAUCCUGGAUCUGAACAAGAGACUAAAUAUCAAUGAAGGUCAUGAAUCAUCCUGGGAAGAAAAACUUUCUUUAGAAGCUAGGGUGGUUGGAUGUCAAACAAAUGAUACAAGCAACGAGAAAACUUGUCAUCGGUGCCGUAAGAGGAGCCUGCAGGAUCACGUUCAUUGUUCUCGCUGUCCCUACCGUUUUUGUGGCCUUUGCUUGAUGAAUAGACAUGGUGAAGACAUUUCAUUAGAAAUGCAGGUGGGCAAUGCUUGGGUGUGUCCCAGGUGUAGAAAGGGAUGUGGACCUGGCUGCAUGAACUGCUGCAACUGUAGUCAUUGCCGUAAGGAACAAGGCCUUGAAGUUAUAGGACCGAUAUUGCAUCUGGCUAGGAAUGCUGGAUUCACAAAUGUACAUGAUUUUCUCAUCUUUAAAACAACUCAUGAAUCUCCUCGUGAAAUCUCCCAUCGUAAACUAGGGCGUGGUUGGUGCAGAAGUGCUGAAUAUUUUUGGACAAAACCUGAAGAUUUUGAAUUGCAUUCCCAGAGGUCACCAUUGAGAUAUACUGUUCAUAAGCAUACGUUAACCACUAAUGAGCGUAUGCGGGGUUCUCUAAGUGAAGAGCAAGUGAAGCAGCUACCUAAAAGUUAUUUACCUGAAGGCUACAUCAUAGAACAGAAGUCAAUAAAGCUACCAAAUGAUAGCAGAGCAUCCUGUCAUAAGGACAAUUUGGAUUCAAUUACUGCUGAUUCUGUUAUGAUUAAUUCUUUCCAGAACAAUACUCCAAUUCAUUCUAUAUUCUCGGAUGCUGCACCUGAGGCAGUAGUCUCAACGCCACUAUUUACUCAAACUUCAGGCAUUACUUCUAAGAUAGCGCUUCAACAUCAGGACCCUAUUCCGCAUCAGUUGGAAACAAAAGAUUUGUCAAAGCAAGAAGGAAAUGGCUCACUUCUGCACUCAUCACCUGCUGUGAAUAUAGAUUCAGGAAACAUGGCCAAAGUAGAAGCUCAGCUUAAUAUAGAUUCGUCUUUGUUAGGCUGUGCAAACACAGUGAAAGUAGAAACCGAGUCUGCAAUGUUUAUGGAUUCUUCUCUUUUAGGUUCUGUAAACAUGGCGAAUGCAGAUUCUUCUAUGUUAGGCUCUGGAAACUUGGUGAAAGUAGAGGCUCAACCUUUACAUAAUGCAUUUAGCAGAGAUGCCGAAGAUUCGGUUUGGGCCAAGUGUAAAGACUUUGAGGUUCCAUUAAUAUUUCGUACUGAUUCUGAAAACAUUCAAACAAAAGUAUGUGGUACUAGAAUCAAAGUUGAAUAUGAAUUGGAGGAUGAGGACUACAAAUUCUUUACAGACAAUGUGAGAUUAGAUGGCCUAUCAUAUGUCCUUGACCUGAAAGUUGUCCAAGAUGGCUGUACAACUUCAGUCAAAUAUGAAGAUCCUAGUUCAAUUUGCAGGAAUUAUGUCAACAAUGAAAAGCAAAACUGCAGUUUGGAAGGGAAAGAAAACUGUAAAUGUAUGGGUAGUGAAAAUAAAAACAGAAAAAGGAGAAGAUUAUUCUGCGGUGAAGAAAUAAAUAAUGCACUUGUUCAUUUGCAGUCAUCCGAGCUCCCUGUUGAUAAAAGACAAUCUUACUUACAGGAUUACAGUCAACAAAAAGUCAAAACAGAAGUACCUUCACCUGAAUCAAGUAGCCCUUCUGAUGUGACCACGGUUGGAAAUAUUGAAUGCAGUGAAAUCCCUUUCUUCACUCAAUCUGAUGACUUUAAGGAGAAUCUUGAGGCUGCUCUCCAGAAACCUUACAAUACACAAGAGUUACAUGAUUUGUGGACUUCUAUAAACAAUCGAAAGCCUAUUGUACGAUUUCGACAUACACGCCAACGGACUAUUUCUGUUGAAACACAAGAUGAAGGAUUUUCAUAUCUGGAUUACCAUCCAGAUUUGUCUGACAGGCUGGUUUCAGCUACUUCUCCUGAAGAUAAAUUAACUUUGCUGCGGGGAUUCUUCUUUUGGCUGAAGCAUGCUAGUUGGCCUAAAUCUUUUCAGCCAUGGGUUUCAUCCCCUGCACCAAAAAACAGGAUAGAUGAUGAUGACAGUGAUUGUGUGGAAGUUGAUGGACCGAAUUCUGAGGUGCGGAGCAAGAAGGUAGUUGCUGUUGUUCUUCAUGAGGAUGAGAGGUGAAACUCUACCUUUUCCUCAAAAAGGAAAUAGUGCUUUAUGAUGAAAAUUUGAAGUUCUAUUGUGAGAAAUUUCAAAUACAAGAUGAUUCCACCAAUAUUCUUUCGCCUGUCUUUCCCGAGAAACUUUUGGCUUUGUUUUGAUAUUUUGUUUAGCCCUUCUCAACUGCUGUUCAGAAGAAUGUAACAUGUAAAAAACUUAGAUUGUAAUUAUAGGCAUGUACAUCUGGAACUUGUACUGAAAAAAUCCUCAGGAUUCUCUUUGGCCACUUUCAAAGGAUUUAUUUUCCUUGAAAGAAAUAUUGUUAGCACUGUAUGUUGCCAAAGGAUUUUGUAUAGAUACAUCCUGAGAAACUGUAGGUUGUUUGCACGAAUCCUUUAUUUGCCUUUUCCAACAUUUUGAGGAAUGCAACUUGUAAUUUAUUUCUUUUAAUUGUAAUACUCUAGAAGUUUUAUGGAAGGGAUUCAGGAGGUUGACUUU